AUGAGCUUCUCUGCCCUUACAAGACGAACACUCUCACGGCCUUUACGAUCCAUCACUACAAGUCUCGCUCUAACCCGCGCAAUGCAUAUCCAAUCGAUUCCUAUGUGGACGGGGCAUAUGGAUAACUAUGCAUACCUGGUGAUCGACGACAAGACGAAAGAUGCUGUUAUCAUUGAUCCCGCGAAUCCGGAUGAGUUAGUCCAACAGAAGUCCCCGAACGUUGAGAGGGGAGAGACUGAUGACAUGCUCAGGGUGGCACCAGUAUUGAAGGAGCAAAUAAGUGCUGGCAAGAUCAACUUGACGGCCAUUGUCAAUACACAUCAUCACUGGGAUCAUGCGGGUGGAAAUAACAAGAUGUUAGCACAUCCUGAGUUCCAGGGCAAGCCUAUCAUUGGCGGCAAAGACUGUGAAGGUGUUACGCAGACUCCCAAGAAUGGCGAAGGAUUCAAGAUUGGCGAGAUUGCUGUGACGGCUAUCUACACACCAUGCCAUACCCAAGACAGUAUCUGCUGGUUCAUGGAGGAUAGUACGGGGAAGUACAUCUUCACUGGGGAUACACUGUUCCAUGGAGGCUGUGGUCGAUUCUUUGAGGGUACUCCGGAAGAGAUGAACACUGCGUUGAACAAGACCCUCGCUGCGGUUCCGGACGAUACGAAGGUCUACCCUGGGCACGAAUACACGAAAGCCAAUGUCAAGUUCGCCAUUUCGGUCUUACAGAGCGAGCCUGUCAAGGCACUGCAUGCCUUUGCCGAGAACAACAAGGAGACGCAGGGCAGGUUUACCAUCGGCGACGAGAAGAAACACAACGUCUUCAUGAGAAUGGACGAUCCCGAGAUCCAGAAAGCCACUGGCAAAACCGAUCCGGUGGAGGUCAUGGCCAAGCUCAGAGAGAUGAAGAACAACUUCAAACCACCUGCCGACUCCAAGAUAUGA